UUUUUUUUUCAUUUUUUAUUUUUAUUGAAACGAUGGAAGAAGAUUACGAGAGUGUUCUACUCAUUAUUCGAGAAUGUUAUGUCUAUAAAAUCCCUCCUAGAACAGCAGCUAGAGGUUAUAGAGCUGCAGAGUGGGGAGACCUUGCCACUAGUUUCUUAUGGAAAGGUCGUUUGAGGAUUGUAGCUAAAGGCAAACAAUGUGAGAUUCGUAUGGAAGACAACAGUACAGGUGAUUUGUUUGCUGUCUGUCCCUAUCAGGUCCAUUCAAAUUCUGUAGAAGCUGUAUUGGAUUCCAGUCGUUAUUUUGUAUUGAAGAUUGAAAGUGAUGGUCGACAUGCAUUUAUUGGUAUGGGUUUCCAAGAGCGUUCAGAUGCGUUUGAUUUUAAUGUAACGCUACAAGAUUUUGUAAAACAACUUCGAGCUGAAAAAGAAGCUGUUGAGCGUGCAGCAGACACAACACCUAAAAAAGAUUAUAGUCUAAAAGAAGGUCAAACGAUCAAUAUCACCAUUGGUAAUGUCGGGGCUAAAAGAACAAGACAAAAACCUGCUUCUACUUCUAACGAAGGUGGAUUGGUUCCUUUAUUACCUCCUCCUCCAUCUGCUUCACAAGUUAAACAACAACAACAACAACAGCAACAGCAACAGAGACAAUCCUUUUUUUAAGUCGUACAAAAUAAACUAUAUAUUUAUACACAGGUUGACAGCAUAACAAUAUGAUUUCAAACUCCAUUACUUGUCUGUUCACUAUCAAACAAAGCAUGUUUGAUUUCUUUAUGCUCUAAAGAAGAUGGAUUGGUUACUUUUUUUAUAUGUUGUACUCUUCAUUAAAGAAUAGGUUACACUCCAUUUUGUUACGUAACACAGGCGAUUAUCCUUAGAUUCUGUAC